AUGCCUUGUGAGGUGAAGCCCCGGUUCCUGGUUCUGUACGGGUCUCAGAAAGGCCAGGCGCAGUCCAUAGCCGAGGGGAUAGCUGACGAGGCCGAGGAGAGGGGACUGGUUGCUGACAUCUACUGCUUGAGUGAAGGAGAGAAGGUAAAAUUGACAAAAUAGUGUUAACCUGCCCUGGCUUGUAUUCCAAUGCGGGCACAACACUGAUGUGUGUCAAGCUGAUAAGGAAACAAAACUAGGUCUGUAUGAGUGCAUUUGUGGCAGAGUUGUUGUUACCGCUGGUCUUUUCUGCUCUGGUAUGAAUACUGAUCCUGUUUUUGUAUCCCCUCAGUUUAACUUGGAGAAGGAGAGUGCUCCUGUGGUGUUUGUUGUGUCUACCACUGGGGAUGGGGACCCACCAGACACUGCCCUGAAGUUUGUGAAGAAUAUCAAGAAAAAGACCCUGCCCAGCGACCACUAUUCACACCUCUGCUAUGCUCUUAUAGGUAAGGAAGGAGUGUGUGCCUAAUCUUGGUUAACCCAGAACUAAAUUAUUGCGUAAUUGGUCAGGUGCUCGAUUAAGUUCCAGGUCCAUACAUGUUGAGAAAAUAGAUGCUAGAAUGUGGAGCAGAACUGGAAUGAGGAGCUCUCACUCUCUCUCUCUCUGCAAGUAAGGUGUAUGGGUCAAAUGUCCCCUCCCCUUCCAAAUUUCGAAAGAUGCUAACACCUGUGAAAUUGUGAUUUGUCCAAAUAACCAGUGAUGAAAAACCCAAGCACCGGAACUAUUGCUGCUCUUUAUCAAUUGGUGCCCAUAGUAUAAAGACAGUUCUACGGUACCAUUUAUGUUUAAAUAGUCAGUCCACGACAGAUUAGUGUGUGCCUAAGACUAAAUGCCUAGUGCUGAGAUUAAUUGCUACAACCUUCAUCUUUAUCUUAUUUGAUGGCUUUAAAAUAACAGAUUCAUUGAUACAUUACGUGUGAUGAUCAAUAUCUUGUUUUUCUCUGUCCUCCAGCUCUGGGUGAUACAAACUAUGAAAAUUUCUGCAACUGUGGGAAGACUAUUGACGGCCGUCUACAGGAACUUGGUGCUAAACAUUUCUACGCAACAGGACAUGCAGAUGAUGGUGUAGGGUAAUGCCCAAGGUUUUUUAAUAGGGAAAAUAAUACAUUUUGUUACAUGUUGAUGUAUGAGAAACACUCAUCAAGUCCUGGCACUCACCUAAGAAGCUUUAAAGUAGGGGCACAAUGUCUUCUUCAAUCAGUAGCAAUAAAAGUGGUAUCAAUACAGACACACUUUGAAUGUACUUUCCCCAUUUACCUCAUGUCAUCUCAUUUGUGGUAUGUGGCACAUGACCUUUCGGAUCCUUCACAGUGCUUAUCUCUGAGUCUGAGUGGACUUUGCUUUCUGUCCAGGCUUCAGUUUGUGGUGGUCUGUUAGGGGGUUCCCCAUGUUAAUAUUUUAACUCCUAAUCCAAACCCUGUCCUGUGUGUGUGUGUGUGUGUGUGUCUAGGCUUGAGUUGGUGUUGGAACCCUGGCUUGAAGGACUGUGGGAGGCCAUCAGAGGAGCGUUAUUCAAGAUGGCCGCCCCUCAGCCUGAGAGGGAUGGCCAUGUAAGGGACCUGAGAGCAUCGUUGAACGAAACACCCGAAUCAUCAGCGACAGAUGUCAAACUCCACCUCAUGAGUCUUAACGAAUCAGAACCCCAGAGCUCUGGCUCACUCAAAACAGCAGCGGAGUCAGAGAGUGCUAAGACUGAGCCCAAAUCAGUUUCUCUAGCAGUUACAGAAGCAGCCUCUGAGACAGGGAGUGCAGUUACUGAUCUCAGACCAGUGUCAUUGACCAACAACAAUAGGACUGCUCCUAAACUAGAUAUUGUUGUCACUGAUCCCAAGUCAGUGUUAGAGACACGGAGUGGAGCACACCCUGCUGUUGUAGAGGUCUCUCUGACACGCUCCUUGCCCCCGCUGUCUGAGUCUGCCCUCAAUGUCCCUGCUCUGCCUCCACCCUACCUGGAUGUCACGCUCCAGGAAGCCACCAUAGAAGAAGAGGUGGGUUGUGGUAAUACUGUUUUUUUUUUUGGCACUAUGACAUUGUUUACAUCUCUCACUCAUAUUUGUUUGAAUGAUAACAUCACCAGACACACUUUCCAUAUCCUGUCCCCCCUCCCCCAGACCAAUGCUCCGGUCAGUAAGGAGACCCUACACGAGGUUCCAAUCUCCAGGGCAGUCCAGCUGACCAGAGAUGACUCAGUUAAAACAGCCCUUCUGAUAGAGCUGGACAUCUCAGUGAGUGGCAGGCCUUUCUUACUAUAUACACUGAGUGUACAAAACAUUAAGGACACCUUCCUAAUAUUGAGUUGCACCCCCCACUUUUUCCCUAAGAACAGCCUCAAUUUGUCGGGGCAUGGACGCUACAGGGCGUCAAAAGUGUUCCACAGGGAUGCCGGUCCAUGUUGACUCCAAUGCUUCCCACAGUUGUGUCAAGUUGGCUGGAUGAAUUUUUUGGGUGGUGGACCAUUCUUGAUACAUACGGGAAACUGUUGAGAGUGAAAAACAAAGCAGCAUUGAAGUUCUUGACACAAACCGGUGCGCCUGGCACCUACUACUAUACCCCGUUCAAAGGCACUUCAAUAUUUUCUUUCCCAUUGACCCUCUGAAUGGCACACAUAAACAAUCCAUAUCUCAUUUGUCUCAAGGCUUAAAAUCCUUAUUUAAGCUGUCUCCUCCCCUUAUAAUAAUAUAAUAUGCCAUUUAGCAGACGCUUUUAUCCAAAGCGACUUAGUCAUGUGUGCAUACAUUUUUACGUAUGGGUGGUCCCGGGGAUCGAACCCACUACCCUGGCGUUACAAGCGCCAUGCUCUACCAAUUGAGCUACAGAGAAUCUAUACUGAAUUGAAGUGGAUUUAACAAGUGACAUCAAUAAGGGAUCAUAGCUUUUACCUGGAUUCACCUGGUCAGUCUAUGUCAUGGAAAGAGCAGGUGUCCUUUAAUAUUUUGUACACUCAGUACAAAAUAUUAUGCAGAGACCAAAUAUACUGGUCAGUAGUUCAAAAUGGUGGUUAAACUAGUUUCUUUACUCCAUCUUCUCCUCUGAGUACCUAGGCACAUCCGAUGGCCUACCAGCCUGGGGACUCGCUUGACGUGCUCUGCCCAAACAGAUCCUCCGAGGUGGGGGAGCUGCUCCAGAGACUGUGCCUGCAGGACCAGAGGAGCCACCGUGUCCAGCUCUCACUGCGCAAAGACACCAAGAAAAAAUGUAUGCUGUUCUCUCUAGUCAUACACAGGACAGGGACAUUGUGUGUUUAUAGUCUCUAAGUUAUAUUGCGAUUUAGUCAUGACAUUUAAGCUAUAUAAAACUGCAUGUAACUACUCACAUCUGUAAUCGAUGUAAAGUUGAUUCAGUGUUGUUUCCCCUCCAGCUGCUCAGCUCCCCUCCUACAUCCCAGAGAACAGCACUCUACACUACGUGCUCACCUGGAGUCUGGAGCUCAGGACUGUCCCUAAGAAGGUACCUUCUACUUUCACCAUCUAUACCUGAACUACCCAGUUCAGACCCUGUCUGAAAGGUUACUGCACUGCAGUAGGACAGAGACUCUUUCGUCUAGGUUCUACUGAGCAUGGGCUCCCGAGUGGCGCGGUGGUCUAAGGUACUGCAUCGCAGUGCUAGAGGCGUCAUUACAGACCCUGGUUCGAAUCCAGGCUGUAUCACAACCGGCCGUGAUUGGGAGUCCCGUAGGGCGGCAUUUUUAAAAUCUUCUUUUUAGUCCAGAACUAGGCUUAAAUCUGUGUCUGAUACUAUUCUCCCUCCCUCCAGACAUUUCUUCGUUCGCUGGUAGAGUGUACAGGAGACAGUGGCGAGAGGAGGAGACUACAGGAGCUGUGUAGUAAACAGGGAUCAGCCGACUACAACCUCUAUGUCAGAGACCCCAGCCUAGGACUAUUGGACCUGCUCAGGGCUUUCCCCACCUGCCAGCCCCCUCUCAGUCUUCUCAUAGGUCAGAACCCACUCCCUCUCCUGUCAGUCAUAAUGUUUUAGCCAAUCCGAGUGCAUUGUUUUAGGUUUUACAUGUCACAAAACAUGUCUCUAGUUUCUAAUGAUCACCAAUACAGGGAGAGCGUCAAAGGAAGGUACUGCUAUUUCUCAUCUAUCCAGCAGAGGGCAGUAUAGCCUCAGUAAAUGCAGCAUCAAUCAAAUUGUACAUAGAGCGUUUUUCCCUGACUUCACUCUUUUCCUUCAUUUUUCUUUUUUGGGAGUCAGGAACCACUGGUGGGUCACAAGAAUAAGAAUACACCAUUUAACAAUUUCCUUUUUGGGGUCAUAGAUAACAACUUGAUUGAAGCUAUGCAGGAACAUUGGUUGUAUGAAAAACCUCUGAAAAACAUUGGUUGUUUUUCAUACAACCAAUGUUCCUGCAUAGCUUCAAUCAAGUUGUUAUCUAUGACCCCAAAAAGGAAAUUGUUAAAUGGUGUAUUCUUAUUCUUGUGACCCACCAGUGGUUCCUGACUCACCAUUUGGUCGCCCCUGACAUGGAGAACUGUUGGCUGCAGACAUUCGGGCAUUAUAGACUCUCAUGGCAUAAGGCCUAGAAUUGCUCUGAUGAUGACUUGUGUAGAUUUUGUUGUAGCCCAUGGGAAAGGUUAUUUAUAUCAGAUGAAUACAUAAAAGUAAUCUAAGCAAUCUAAUAUUCAUAAAAAAUGUUUAGACUGGAACUGUUAUUUGUCCCAUUUGCACUUGCACGUUGCAAUGUCCUCCCUCAAAAGAGCUGUUUCACAGCUUAAUAUCCAAUGUCAAAGUUAUUUUGGGCCUUUUUGCUAACUGCAGCACCUUCCCAGUAGUGGAACUGAGCGAUGCAGAUAUCUGGCCAUUUGGAAAUGGGGACAUUAGUACGGCUGGUGAAGAAUGUGCUGGUGGAAGCGUUUUGGGGCCACCAGCUGUUGCUGGGGUCCUGUCAUUGACUGUCCUACUACAUUUGACAGGGACAGAGCUACAGCGCUACAGCGCUGUGGAUGGCAGGGCAGGCCAGGAGUUAACGAUCACUACUGCUCUGACAUUUACUGGCCUCACCCCAUUUAGCUUGACUUUUUACUAUGGUACUGAACCUCCUAGCUACAGAUGCUGUGGAAUGUAAAGGUUGGUUAAAGAGGUGAUUUGUAAUUGUAAUACACUUUGGGGUUAUGGUUUCUAAUCAUGACUUGUGCAAUGGCCAAAAACCUGAAGGAACACAGACUUUUUUUACAACAAAAAAUGAGAUGUCACUCAUAGUGUGAAAAAUCUCAAACACUACUAUAAAAUAUUAAAGGAAUAUCUUGUAAUAUGCAUCAUGUUGUCAUAGUCUGUGAUAGAAAGUCAGCUGUCAACUCAGAGACAUGGCCGGGCUGUAGACAAACAGAAAGGGAAUAAGACUGUGAAUGGGCAUGUUAAACCUGUCACUGAGGAGAUGGGGAAGGCAGGGAGUGAUAGAAUUCCAGCGGUGCCUGGGGUGCUGGGUGCCUCUUGUCUCAGUGAUACACCCUGAGUUGUUUAAUGUAGAAGAGAGAGAGAGAAGGGCUGAGUUAGUCCAGCUGUUUUGAUUCUUUCUCUCUCUCUGCGUCUCUCUCACUCUGUCUCUCUCGCGCACUCUACCUGCUGUCUCUGUCUCUCUCUCUCUCGUGUGUGCACUCUACAGUCUCUCUCUCCUCUCUCUGUCCAGCUGUUUGGGUUACCUUAGGGUUGAAGGGGAAAACAUUUUGUUUCUGGCAGAACUCAGCUGGUGCAUAUGGUGUAGUGUAAAUGACGCUCUCUUCUUGAAUGGGGUUGAGGGUAUUUUAGGAGAUUGUAGUAGAUUUUUCUAAUGUUUUUUUUACCCUGCCCUAACCACUGAUAUUACUCAAAAAAAGAAUAUUUUGUUAUAACAUUGAACUCAAACUCUUUUCCUGCACCAUAUUCCUCAGAGGCCUCAUGGCCAGACACCAAAUUACCCCAAAAGAGGGCACCUUCAUAGCUGACAUUGAAAUAAGGUGGACAUUAACUAUCUCCAUCCUACAGGCACCAGAUCUACACUCUAGGGAUCUCAGAAGUGUAUAACUUUAUGAUUUCAUGAAUACAGAAGUAUGCCCUAAAAUAAACCUGAGUGUGUGCUAAGAAAAAAGGACUUGGAGGUUGGGUGAAGUAGCUGAAGUAGCUUCCUCCUCCUCCCAUUCCUCCAUUGACAGUGAUCUAGAUGGAAACAUCAGACAUGGGAUAGUGAUGGAUGGAUGGAUAUACUUCCACCAGUUGUUUUCCUUGUUCUUUCAGAACAUUUGCCCAAACUGCAACCAAGACCGUACUCAGCGGCAAGGUAAGCUGGUCUCAUAGUUCCUACAAUGUUUCAUUGUUUUCCUAAUGUUUAACCUAGACUUUACUUCUUCAAAUCAAACAAACCUGAAACCUGCUGUAUGUAAAAUAUUGUGUGACUCUGAAUGACAACAUAAUGAUGUUUGUUUCCAACAUUAGGGAUGUUUUCCUAAAGAAGUUAAAUUGUCUUUGUGUUUUGUUUCCUUGCCACGAUACUAACGAGUAUUCAGACAAACACACACAUGCUCAGUAACACACAGCGAAUGAGAGUGGGAAACCAUUACAUUAUCCCCUACAUUACUGUCCAUGAGUACCAUUUUAAACACGUCAACACUGGUUUCCUAUGCUCAUUAGUUGUGUGUUAGUUUGUGUGUGUGUGUGUGUGCGUGCUUCGGUGGGGGACUGUAGUCGAUCAGAUACAGCUGGAGCAUUAGGAGGCUGCAUCAUUGAUGCUGUGGUCAAUAGAGGUCCCCAGAGGCCUGCAGGAUGGGAAGACUGAAAAUCAGAGAGAGAUAGGGAGGAGAUAGAGAAAUCAAAAUGCGAGAGGGAGAGAGCAGUCCACCAGAUGGAGAGGAAUCGGUGAAAGAGGUAGAGGGAGAAAGAGGGGAAUAUUAAAGAGGGAGAGAGAGAGAGUACAGUUGGUGUUUGUGGAUGAGAACCAAAGGGUUGUUUACUCUGUGCAAUGUAGAGUAUAGCCUGCCCUGUUUUAUCUAUAUAUUGUAGCACAUCUACAGUAUCUAAUGAUGUGUCACAUUCACACUUAUUUCCAUAGCCUAAUUAGUGGCGCACCAACAGGACACUUACUUCCUUGCUAUGGUAUACAGUCAGCCACAGUGUCUGCUAAAUGACUAAAAUGCACUUACAGUGCAGUGAAAAAGUAUUUGGCACCUUUCUAAUUCUCUCUACUUUUGCAAAAUAGAGUAAAUCAGAAAGGGGGAAAUACUUUUUCAGUGCACUUUAUUUACCCUCCACAUAAUGUACUUUUACAACAAGAUUGUACACUAAAGCGGAAAACUCACCAGAAGGGGGCGGGCGAAGAAAGCAGAGCCAGGCGGGUGGAAAGGACAGGCAGAGCAGUGACUGUAUGCUAGCAGGAUAGUUCCAUAUCGCCAUCUUUGCUGUUUGCGAUGUUGUUUCUAUAAGUGGAUGAAUUGUUCUAAUUGAGCAUGUAUGGUAAAGCCUCGAUCCUUAGCUACCUCUUCUCCUUCUCUCCCUCUACCCUUUCCCUUCCUCUCUCCUCCAGCUCCAGUAAGAGACAUCCAGGUCGGCUGCACUUUGUGUUCAACGUCAUAGAGUUUCCAGCAUGCACUUGGAGACCCACGGGGAGGUGGGGCCUGUGUACUGGUUGGCUCUCUGACCUCGUCGACCCCAUCCUGUUGCACCCUGGGAAGUCUCAGCCCUCCAGCACCCCAGCCCUCCCUAAGGUGAGUAGAGGAGUAACCUAUGUGUGUGUUUGUGCGAGUGUGACACAGCGUAACACUUUUUUACCUUUGACCCCAGGUCCAUGUGAGUCUGCGUCAGAACUGCUCCUUCCGCCUGCCCUCUGACCGCUCAAAACCCCUCAUCAUGAUUGGACCAGGCACUGGCGUCGCGCCCUUCAUUGGUUUCCUCCAACAAAGGUACAGCCCACAAAGAUGGAGGAUUCAUACUAACCUUCCCAGGCUACUCUUCUGUUAUAAGUGAUGCUUGUUUGUCUGAUUAGUGGAACUGGUGAGUUAUUUGAGUUUUGAUGACAAACUUCUUGUGAAGCUUACUCUCUAUCAGUGUGCACUGGUCAAGAACAUAAAUAUGUUAAUCACCAGGUUGCUAUAACAACCAUACGCAACAGGAAGUGUUUCAGCUUUGAUGAGUGUGUCAUCAAAUCAAGUGUUUACUGUGAUGUCGAGUGGUAAUUAAUCAAGUUUUUGCAUUAAUCUCCAUAAUAAAUUACAAUAGAUCCCAUCAAAGAUUCACAACACUCUCUUUCCAAAUGUGUAUGGUGGUAUAAUGAUGGUAGUAAUAUUGCAGACAUGGCUGUGAUUAACACUUGUAUUUCACUUAAACUACCUGUAGGAGGAAAUUGUCUGGCCUCUAAAUGCGGAUCUAAGGUCAGCUUUGCAUUCUACCCCUAAUGGUUAAGGUCAGGAUUUGGAGAGGGUAAGCUGAUCCUAGAUCUGUGCCUAAGGGCAACAUCCCACUGAGGUAAUAAGACAAGCCAUUCCAGAGCUGCUGUCUGUCUGGUGUUUAUGACUGUAAUGAACAGUUAUGGGUCAAACUGGCCGAUGGAGACGUAUUGAUUUGAAUGUAAAGAGACCAGUAGACCGUCUGUGUGUCGUUAAUGUAAAUCAUAGCUGGUGAUUACUGGGGUGGUGUAAAAGCAAUAUUGACCUGUGCGGAUGUGUGUGAGUGUGUGAAUGUCUGUGCAUCUCUGUGUGUGUGUGCGCGUGCACAUGCGUGUGCCUUGUAAAAGACCAGCCGUUAACAUAGAUGGAAUACAUAAGUAAUGGCUUGUAGAACAGUCCUGUGUAGCUCAGUUGGAAGAGCAUGGCACUUGCAACGCCAGGGUUGUGGGUUCGUUUCCCACGGGGGGCCAGUAUGAAGAAAAAAAAAAUGUAUGCACUCACUAACUGUAAGUCGCUCUGGAUAAGAGAGUCUGCUAAAUGACUAAAAUGUAAAUGUAGAAGGUGCUGCUUGGUGUAAUUUGACAAGACUAACUUUGUGGGUCAUUUGGGAUAGCUAAGCGUACACCAAAAGCCUACUAACAUCAUCUUACACCUAGGGCUGUUGCGGUGACUGUAUUACCGACAGUUAACGCAGUAAAAUUCCACGUGACUGUUGAGUCACCGUAAUUAUUUUUAUUUAUUUUUGGUCAUUUAGCAGACGCUCUUAUCCAGAGCGACUUACAGGAGCAAUUAGGGUUAAGUGCCUUGCUCAAGGGCACAUCGACAGAUUUUUCACCUAGUCGGCUCGGGGAUUAUCCUAGUAUGCACUCUGGACAUGCAUUAGUAGUACCCAACUCUCUAAUGAUCAUCAGGUCGCUAACAGCCUGGUACUCAGGGCUCUAUUGUCCCUCUAACCACUCUGACAUCAAUGCAAAUGCAAUAUAAAAUCACAUCAAACACAUCAUCAAAACAGUAUGUUCUUUUAAAACUCACCUCACUGUGAUUGAUCAAUUUGAAGAAAGAAAUUCAACAACAGGUUGAAACUGAGUGGAAAACAUGGUCAUUGUGGAUGUUCUUUUCAAAGCACAACACAAUGAAAUGGGCAGCGCUUUCUAAGGUGAUGAUUAAUUCAGAAUGUCCAUAUGCAUAUUAGAGUUUAUGCAUACGCAUAGGCCUAUGAGCCCAAUCCCCCCCCCCCAAAACAAACCCUGAAUUAAAAUAAAGAUUGUGCUGUUAUACAAUACAUAGCCUAUCUCAUAUUACGCAUCGCAGAAAAACAUAUAAAAAAAAAACUGAUUCAAGAUUUAUUUGGGACAUAAUUGGUAUAGCCUGUACUCCAAACUUAAUCAAAUUAUAUUAAUCGCCUUUGAGUGUGGACUGUAUUAUUAUGCAUACUGGAUGGACUUAGUUACCUUAUGCUAUGCUCCAAACUUUCUAUUCAUGAGUCUGGGAAAGAACGUAUAGGCCUAGGCAAUGCUGUUGGUUCAUUGAUUGUGCAGGAUGGCUUAGAGUUAGCCUACAAUUAAAGUGAAUUUGUAUUUGAUUUUGAAUAGCCUAGUAAUAGGGCAUUUUUUAUAUUUUCAUAAUUAACAGGCUGACACAUUACCAUUUAGCUACAUAAUAUCUCCCCACUGUGUGGUUCCAUCUUCUCCUCUCUCUCCUUCAUUCCUUUCUCCAUUACGCAGAGAGAGGGGGCUGUCAACAGUUUAAUGAAAUAGGUUUCGUUGUGAAUACAUGUUACUAUCGAUGUUCCCGAACAGAUUUCACUAGGUUUCCUAAAUUAAGCACUGGCUAAAUGCAGGAACAGGGUUGGAGAGCCCAUGGCAUACAGAGUUUGGGCGGAAUAUCAGUUGUCGCCCAGCAAGAGGCCUGGAAAAACGCCUGAAAAACGCCUGAAAAAUGAACCAGCGGGAAAGCGGCCUCCAUUCACAAUUCGAGUGCAUAUGGAUGACGUCUUUUUUCCCCUGUUCCUGCCCAUUUGAUAAAGGCCAUUCUAAAUCUAAACUAAUUUCACAUAUUAGUAAAGACAAGAUUAAAUUAAGAAUGGUGAAAAUAUGAUACCCUUGAGGAGAGAACAGUGUGUGCAGCCUGAGGCAAGGAACAGAGCGCAAGCUUUUUUUGCUACUUUCUCAAAUCAUCAAUAACCUAUAGUCGCAUCAUGCAGCCCAUAUAUGUUUUGAUUUCUAAGACAUUCUAAGGUUUGUAUCAUUCACAACUAAAGUUGCCAAAUAACUCUAAAUCUAGCGGGUAGGACCUGUCUCAAAUGAUCACUUUUACGCUCAACAUAGCCACUUCAUAUGCACACUCGCUCCGGAAUGGGAAAAAUAUCCUUUCUAUUUUAUUCAGUUAAUUAUAUUCUUCUUAGUAUAAAAUCAUAUAAUAUAAAAUAAUGGCACAGGACUUAUAAGCAUAUCUUGUCUGCUAAAUGAACAAGCCUGCAGCUUCUUUAGACCUGCCUAAAAUAAAUAAUGGAUUUAUUGUGAUGGUGUAUAUUAAAUUGAUUUAUUCAACUUUUUGAAAUGUAGAUGUUCUAAAGGCACACAUCAGCAGCUUGUAAGCAUUGAAGCCUGUAGAUGCCAAAUGUGUUUAUGUUCAUUGAAACCGGCAGUCUUUUGCAUGACAAUAACCGGCUGACAAAAUGUCAUGACCGCCACAGCAGUACUUACACCAACAUCCUACUAACAUCAUCUUACCCCAACAGCCUACUAACAUCAUCGUUAACCAACAGCCUACUAACAUCAUCUUACCCCAACAGCCUACUAACAUCAUCUCAACCAACAGCCGACUAACAUCAUCUCAACCAACAGCCGACUAACAUCAUCUUACCCCAACAGCCUACUAACAUCAUCGUUAACCAACAGCCUACUAACAUCAUCUUACCCAACAGCCUACUAACAUCAUCGUUAACCAACAGCCUACUAACAUCAUCUUACCCCAACAUCCUACUAACAUCAUCUUACCCCAACAUCCUACUAACAUAAUCUUUCACCAACAUCCUACUAACAUCAUCUUUAACCAACAGCCUACUAACAUCAUCUUUAACCAACAGCCUAACAUAACUAUCAUCUUACCCCAACAAGCCUACGAACAUCAUCUUUAACAACAGCCUACUAACAUCAUCUUUAUCAACAGCCUACUAACAUCACUUCACCAACAGCCUACUAACAUAUCAUCUUUGAACCAACCAGCCGUACAACAUAAUCUUUAACCAACAUCCUACUACAUCAUCUUACCCCAACCGGCCUACUAACAUCAUCUUUACCCAACAGCCGACUAACAUCAUCCCAACCAACAGCCGACUAACAUCAUCUUACCCCAACAUCCUACUAACAUAAUCUUACCCCAACAUCCUACUAACAUAAUCUUACCCCAACAUCCUACUAACAUCUUACCCCAACAGCCUACUAACAUAAUCUUUAACCAACAGCCUACUAACACCCAUCUUACCCGCAACAAUCCUACUAACAUCAUCCUAACCCAACCAUCCUACUAACAUCAUCUUACCCCAACAUCCUACUAACACAUCUUUAACCACCCCAACAUCCUACUAACAUCAUCUUUAACCAACAGCCUACUAACAUCAUCUUACCCCAACAUCCUACUAACAUCAUCUUACCCCAACAUCCUACUAACAUCAUCUUACCCCAACAGUCUACACAUCCUACUAACAUCAUCUUACCCCAACAUCCUACUAACAUCAUCUUACCCCAACACCUACUAACAACAUCUUUAACCCCAACACUCCUACUAAACAUCAUCUUAACCAACCCUCUAAUCAUUUACCACACCACACAAUCUACCACAGCCUACUAACAUCAUCUUUAACCACAGCCUACUACAUAUCUUUAACCAAUCAUCUACUAACACAUCUUAACCAACAGUCCUACUAACAUCAUCUUUAACCAACAGCCUACACAUCUAACCCACAUCCUACUAACUAUCUUACACUAACACCCAACUAAAUCUACCAACAUCCUACUAACAUCAUCUUACCCCAACAUCCUACUAACAUCAUCUUUACACCAACAGCCUACUAACAUCAUCUUUAACCAACAGCCUACUAACAUCAUCUUUAACCAACAGCCUACUAACAUCAUCUUUAACCAACAGCCUACUAACAUCAUCUUUAACCAACAGCCUACUAACAUCAAUCUUUAACCCAACAUCCUACUAACAUCAUCUUUAACCAACAGCCAACUAACAUCAUCUUUAACCAACACCUCACAUCACUACCACAUACUAAACACAUCUUUACCCAACAUCCUAACUAACAUCAUCUUUAACCAACAGCCAACUAACAUCAUCUUAACCAACACCUACUAACAUCAUCUUACCACACCCAACUCACUACCCCACCUUAAUAAAUAUCUUUACACCAACACCUAUAACAUAUCUUACCAACAUCCUACUAACAUAUCUUAUACCAACAGCCUACUAACAUCAUCUUAAAGGCCUACUACAUCAUCUUCACCAACAUCCUACUAACAUCAUCUUACCCCAACAUCCUACUAACAUAUUCACCUUACCCACAACAACUAUCUACCAAACAUCAUCUUACCCAACAUCCUACUAACAUCAUCUUGUACCAACAGCCACUAAACAUCUUAAACAACCUACCUAACAUCAUCUUAACCCAACAUCCUACGAACAUAUCUAACUUUCACCAACAUCCUACUAACAUCAUCUACUUAACCAACACAUCCACUUAACAAUCAUCUUUAACCAACAGCCUACUAACAUCAUCUUUAACCAACACCCUAACUACAUAAACCUACUUAACCAACAACCUACUAACCAAAGAACUCAUCAUAACACAGCUUAUCCUUAAAAUCCUACUAACAUCAUCUUACCCCAACAUCCUACUAACAUCAUCUUACCCAACCCAAUCAUCAACCAACACCUACUAACUAAUUCUACUAACCUAAACAGCCUACAAUCAUCUAUCCAACAUCCUACAACACAUCCACAACAUCACUAACACACUACCCCAACAUAAUCUUAACCAACAGCCUACUAACAUCACUAACACUAACAUCACUUACAACAUCCUAUAACAUCUCUUACCCCACAUUUUACAUUUUUAGUCAUUUAGCAGACGCUCUUAUCCAGAGCGACUUACAGAAGCAAUUAGGGUUAAGUGCCUUGCUCAAGGGCACAUCGACAGAUUUUUCACCUAGUCGGCUCGGGGAUUAGAACCAGCGACCUUUCGGUUACUGGCACAACGCUCUUACCCACUAAGCUACCUGCCGCCUUACCCCUACUAACAUCAUCUUACCCCAACAUCCUACUAACAUCAUCUUACCCCAACAUCCUUCUAACAUCAUCUUAGAUGUUGGCCUAGUCAUGUUAUUAUGACUAAAUAGAAUACCCAGUAUCACAUGUCAUUGUGUCAGAGCACGAAUAAAGUUGUUCCCAUACAGCUUGCUGGCCUGAAUGUUUCAUCCAGACUGUACUUUUAUACCUCAAUGAUUCAGACAGAGUGACUUGACUACUGAGCUGUUUACCAGUCAACUCCAGUUGUCAUGUUUCUCUGAUGUCUUCCGAUGUGACACUGUUGUUUGGUAUUCACUGGCGUGUGUGUGUCAGUAUUCUGAGGUGAUGCUGGUUGGUUGUUAAUCACGUGUGUCUGUGUGUGUGUAUAUAUUAAGGUGACGCUGUGUUGGUUGUUAAUGGCUGGUGUUUUUUUGUUGGGGCUGACUGCGUUGUGAUGAAUGUUCUAGAAGGUUACUGAUGUUUCUCAAUGGGGAGAGCUGUCUGUUGUCUGCACCUGUAGGACACCACCUCCACGGGACUGAUGAAUGGCUAACACCGCUACCAACACCGCUACCAUGACAUGGUCACAUGCCACCCGCCAACUACACCAAAGUGUGUGUGUGUGUGUGUGGUUGAUUACUUAUGUUGCUAGUCCGACUACGCCAACUGUCAAUGUCGGGAUGGGGAGUGUUCUCUCAUAUGACGUUCAGUGACCUGACCUCACCUCACAGUUGUGUCCUGCUGUUCAGUGCAUUAGUUCACUUUAAAGCUUUUCCAUUUUCUUGUGACCAUCAACUAAAGAAACCAAUGUCUCUUGGCACAGCCCAGGCUUUAGCCUUGACCUAGAAAAAAACGAGCACUGUCCCAUCUGGAGAAAAUAUGCUCUCCAGUGUGUUUUUCUAAAUUGUUCUUAGUGAGCUUCUUUAGUGUAGUAUGGGGCUGCAAAUUCAAUGUCUGUUUUGUAUGGAAUGUCAUUGUUUAUUUAUUGAACCCUUAUUUUACCAGGUAAGUUGGCUGAGAACACAUUCUCAUUUACAGCAAUGACCUGGGGAAUAGUUACAGGGGAGAGGAGGGAGGAUGAAUGAGCCAAUUAGAAGCUGGUGAUGAUUAGGUGGCCAUGAUGGUAUGCGGGCCAGAUAGGGAAUUUAGCCAGGACACCAGGGUUAACAACCCUACUCUUACGAUAAGUGCCAUGGGAUCUUUAAUGACCACAGAGUCAGGAUAUUCAUUCCGUUUAACGAUCCGUCCGAAAGACGGCACCCUACACAGGGCAAUGUCCCCAAUCACUGCCCUGGGGCAUUGGGAUCUUUUUUCAGACCAGAGGAAAGAGUGCCUCCUACUGGCCCUCCAACACCACUUCCCACAGCAUCUGGUCUCUCAUCCAGGGACCGACCAGGACCAAUCCUGCUUAGCUUCAGAGGCAAGCCAGCAGUGUGAUCUGCUCAUAUGCCCAAGGAAUCUUACAUUAAGCGUCCUCUUACAUGUUUAAGGUUUUUCAGAUUACAUAGCUAUCAAGUUACAUGAUGUACCUUCUUUCAAACCUGAUUGAUAUAACUGGGACAUUCCACUCUAUAGCAUUCUGAAAAUGUUUAAUGUCUACAAUAACACCAAUCAGGAACAUAUAUGGUAGUGAUGGUACAUAGCAACCUUCAGUAAGCCCUGAUGAUUGGCUGUAGAAAGGCGACUUCUCGCCUCUUAAGUGCAGUCUGACAGUCCUUUUCUCUCCUUUAUACUCCUACAUAGACAGUCCUUUUCUCUAUAUAAAGCUUUUCACUGCUGGAAGGCGAAGAAGAAGCUGGGGCAAAUGAUCUUUCAGUGCACCUAUCUCUCUUCUCUCUCUUUCUCUCUUUUAUUUUCUCUCCCUCGUCUCUUCAUGCCCCCCCCCUCUCUGCUUGUCUCGCUCUCUUUCUCUAGUAGUCUGCUUGUCUUUCUCCACUCUCUCUCCCCUUUGUACAGUACCCAAAUUAAGAUUCCAAACAAGGCGUCUACCCCUGAUGCUGUGCUUUGAUAAUAGAUAACAACGUACAUUUUGACAGCAGGAUGCUUUAUCACCAACAAAACCUGAAGGUGCCUCCUUUUAAGCAACAAAAACAGCAUGGGGACGCUUCAAUUCUUCCUCCUCCCUCUCUCCCUCCAUCGCUCCCUCUCCCCUCCCCCUUCCAUCAUUCUGUCUUCCUCUGUCAAUCAAUGGAUGUUUUGAAAAGUACUUUGUGCCACUUUGUAACCACGGAAGCAAAAUAGAGAGGGAGCGGUUGAAGGGUCAUAACUGGCUCAGUGGAAUCUGGAGACCUCCGGCUGUCUGAUAUUGAUUAGUCAUGUCUGAGCUUAAGGAUGAGUAAUGGAGCAGGAUGACCUUACCUCAGGAUCAGGCUGGGUUGUUACAAACCUUAAACAGUCAGGGUAGCAUGCUGUUUUCAUUCAUCAGUGCAACAAGAGGUCUGAUUGACGUUAUUUAUUGAGGUUGUUCAUCGGAUGACAGGUAGAGUUUUUGUUAAUGUAAACUGCUCUCCAUAGUUUUGCCAUAUUCAGCUGAAUGCAUUCAAAAUCGGGCAUGCUAAACGUCAGUAAUCAUAGCUCAGUGGCACUUCCUGGAAUUAUCGCGUACAGGCACAUUUUGUCACAGUCUCUUAAAACUCUCACAACACCGUUUAUGCAGAGCAUCAAACCCCAUUGGACAUGAAAAGGGGCAGAGGAGACCUUGCUCCUGCUGAAUCACAGUUUCCCCUGCUCCCUGUUCAUCAGAGAGGCAUUGAGAGGCAACCGCCUUCUUUGGACCCAAAAUUGAGUAUCUGGCUGUAAUAUUGUGAUGCUGCUUCCCUCAGGGCCUGUGUUCUGGGCAGAGAUGUGAUUUGUAUUCAGAGUGAGGGGCUGGUGUGGUCUGUGUGGCGCUGUAGAAUUGGAAGCCAGGUUUUUCAUAUUGAUUUUGAUCCUUGUGGGGAGGGGUGAGUGAGGCGAGGCGUAGAGAGAAGAGGAGCCCAGUUAAAUUAGUUUACUGACUUUUACUCAGGAAUUGCAGAUUGACUAAUGGAUGAUGUCACUUGUUUGGUCUGCUUACCUAAGGGAGGCUUCAUGAGACUUAUUGGAAUGCUCAGGAUCGGAGCAUUCAGAAACCUUGUCCUGUCUCUGUCGGCACAUUGUGAAAAUUCCCUCCUGUUGAACCAGACUCAGGAGUCCGAAUGCCAUGACAGAGAAAAGGCCUAUGUCAUAUCCAGGGGUCUUGUUAAAAGCUAUCUACUGUACUUUGCUUGUGAAUUACCAGUCCUUUUCCUACAAAACAUUGUCAUUGUCGUCCAGAGCGAGUUUCAAGUCACACCUCUUUAUGAAAUGACAAAUGUGACGUCAGUCCCCUCACAAUGACACAUUCUGUGAAUGUGAAUGGGUUAGGUAUUACACCCAGGAAGUAGCAUCUUAUCCUUGAGGGCCUCUGACUACUGCAUCUCUCCACAAAGAGCACUCCAUCCAUCCUUCUUCCAGCUUUUCUUCUGUAGCUCUUUCUGAAUAGAUGUUCUUUGGUCACCUCUCUCUCUCUGCCCAGAUGGGGUAUGGUGAUGGCGCUUGAUCUUUAGAUGGCCAGAUGACUGAUGCAUUGGUAAAGGUCGGAGGUCGUGUAUGUGAUCAGUAGAAGAGAGCUGUCACCCCCCCCCCCCAGCAGGUGUGCUGUGUAGAUAGCAUCACACCGCCUUAGCGGUUUGUGUCUUUGAGCCACCUCGGCGCAAAGGAUUCUGGGAGCCCUGCCAGACUCGUUGGCCACAGGAGUAAUCACUUUUAUAGAACCGGGGCUGACGUGCAGGGGGAGAUACACAUACAAUAUACACAUACACACCAGUGUUUUCCAUUAGCGCCGGCCGUCGGCUAAUCAGACAGUUACAAUAACUUUUUCCACUUCAUAUUAACUAGGCUACCUUUCAUUUAAAGGUUUCAAAUCGCUAGUCCGUAGUACCCUCUCCCGCUAGAAUGAACGAUAUGCAUCUUCUAGCGAUCUAUUGAUAGGAUAGGCUGCCUGUCAGUCACAAAGCGAGCGAUGACAGGGAAACGCAGUCUGCUGUCUGUUCCGCCUCCGGGUAUGAUUUGUGUGCACUGUGGUUGGUUGCAGUCAAAAACGGAAGAGGGAGAGAGCAUGAUGCUCGUGAAUUUUCACGUCCCAUGUAAUGUAAGUGGGAACGAUGAGUCGUAAUCCACGACUAAUAGUUGUUUUCUCGCACAUUUAUUUAUUUUCUUUCGCGUGUUUCACAUAGCCAGCCAUGCAGAGUCGUGGCGCAUAGUAGGCUAUUUUACUGUGCUUUUAUUGACACCUGAACAGUAAGUUGACUAGUUUAUAAAAGGUGUUGAACUGACUACAUAAAGUUGAUCUCCUAUAUCCCUUUCACGGCCGGACUACCGCAUUUGGGGCCCCGGGACACCGACCUCCAGGGGGCCCACAACUCAAAAAAUAAAAAACAAUUGGUUAGGGGCCACCUGGAGGUCGGGAGCCCCGGGGCACGUGCCCUGUGUGCCCGUUCGGUAAUCCGGCCUUGAUCCCUUUGCCAUUCAUAAAUCAUGCAACAUGGUUAUAUGUCUAUUAUAUCGUAUCGGGCCAAGUAAACCAAAGGAUUUCCUAGGUUUCCAGAGCUUGAAGAAUUCUUGAAAGAAUAAUGUGCAAAUAUUGUACAAUCCAGGUGUGCAAAGCUCUUAGAGACUUACCCAGAAAGACUCACAGCUGAAAUCGCUGCCAAAGGUAAUUUUUACAUGUAUUGACUCAGGGGUGAGAAUACUUAUGUAAAUGAGUAUGUUUUUCAUUUUCAAUACAUUUGCAAACAUUCUAAAAACAUAUUUUUUCACUUUCUCAUUAUGGGGUACUGUGUGUAGAUGGGUGAGAUUUUUUUUUUUUUUUAUACAUUUUGAAUUCAGGUUGUAACACAACAAAAUGUGGAGUAAGUCAAGGGGUAUGAAUACUUUCUGAAGGCACUGUAUAAUCAAGCUGUUUAUCAGUCUCUCUGUGACCGCCGAUAACUUCGAAACGAAGUUCACUACAAAUACAAAGUUAUAAAUGUCUUUGCAAUUGAACAAGCGAAGGAUCAAAAUAAAAUAAAAACUGAGAUGACUGCGUAAAACAAUGAAUACCUAUAGGCUACAUAGGCCUAUAUAUUUCAAACAUAUGGUAAUAAAUGUAAUGUUCAGUCAAUUGAGUUCUAUUUGUAGGCUACACUCUCUGUAAUUGUUGCCUCAACAUAUUUCAUGAUGUGUACCAACGUGCGCAAUCAUGUGCCAAAUAAAUCUGUGAUUGAGUGCAUUAUCUCUCUAGAAGCUGUUCCGUCGUCAGUAUUGUGGUAUAAUUCUAAUGUUAAGGUAAGAUUUGAAUGGAGAAAUGUGGUCAGAGAGCAGUGCUGUAUCAGUAUCGACACAUGCUUUCUGCGUGUUGUUUUGGGAAACGCAUGUUACGUCUUCGUCCGUUGUAGGAAAGAUGCAUUGUUAAAACACUCGUAAGCCUAAGUUUCAUCGCUAUCGGGAAACAUCUAACAAUACACUGAAUUCAUACAUUUUCAGUAAUUUAAAUUGUAAGGUAAUGUCUUCCUACACAAUACUGCAGCAAAUUGUUCCAAUCUGGGAGGUAAACUCGAUAAAGUAUUCAAUAAUUUCACUAUGUGUUUUGGAUGGAAUCAAGGCAUUAAAUGUACCAGAGGCCACCAAAAUGGAGCUCCUUAGGCAAAACAAUUUGUCAACUGGCUGGCUAUUUUUGAUAUUUGGCUGGCUACUCUAUGUACUUGUGGAAAACACUGACACGGACACGCACGCCGGCCGAGUACUCAAGUCCUUGUUUUCAUUUUAAUGUAUUGUGGAGUGUGAUCCAUCUCUUUUUUUUUUUUAGCGUGUAAUUUUCGUGUCCUCUCUGUACUGCAUCAAUCCCAACCAUGCAUUAGGUAAUUGUGGCACUCUACUGUAUUGGUGUUGUAGGGAGAUACAGCAGUGUCACUGCUCCAUUUAACCUCUGUUGUGAGCAAGGACUCUGUCCUGUCUUCUCUCUCUCUGUUUUUAUUGAUUGGGCUUUGAGCUCUCCUGUAUAUUUAUUUAUUUUCUCAUUUUUUUGUCUUUCAGGGAGAAGGAGAGGGAGGAAAACCCAGAGGCGGAGUUUGGUGAGACCUGGCUGUUCUUCGGUUGUCGCCAUAGAGACCGAGACUUCCUGUUUAGGUGAGUGUCAUUCUGACCAAAAUGUUGGGUCUUUCCAAAAUGGCACACUAUUCUCUAUGGGCCCUGGUCAAAUGCAGUGCACUAUAUAAGGAGUGUGAUCCCAUUUCGGCUGCACCCAUGCAACCCCAAAGUCUAGCACCCACCUGGGUGACCUUGGACUUUUUCUCCAAUCAGUGCAGAUCGUCAUGUAAACAAACAAACUGAGUGAGCAGCAUGGUUCCCUGUAACGUGCCACUUCCUCUGUGUCCUUGACGGUUGUGGUGUGAUUGAGACGGCGGUAAGAUUGAAGUGGACCUUGAAGGACAAGACUUUAAACUUGAUAUAAUGGGAUUAUGGUCUGGCUGCCCCAUAGGACCACAGAGAUACAGUAUGUCUCACUAGAACUACACUGUAUGGCAGAGAUAGGCAACUAGAUUCAGCCUUGGGACGAUUUUUGUUGGAGCGGAUGGUUGGGGGGCCGGAACAUAAUUAUAAUAAUUUGACCACAACUAAGCGCAAAAAUAGAUUGUAUUUGAAAAUAACAAUCAUUUCAUCAUACCUUGAUAACAUUGAGACACGAUCGCUUAUGUCUCUUUUUUUAUUUGUGGGAAUAUAUGGGAACAGAUUUCCUAAAUUAAACACAUUUCUAGCUGCAUUCCUUUUGAUUUUACAGUAUUUAUUUACCCAAAACUAAAAUCCUUUAUAUAAAUAUUUAUAUACAGUUGAAGUCGGAAGUUUACAUACACCUUAGCCAAAUACAUUUAAACUCAGUUUUCCACAAUUCCUGACAUUUAAUCCUAGUAAAAAUCACCACUUUAUUUUAAGAAUGUGAAAUGUCAGAAUAAUAGUAAAUCAAAUGAUUUAUUUCAGCUUUUAUUUAUUUAAUCACAUUCCCAGUGGGUCAGAUUUUUAAAAAAUAAACACUCAAUUUUGUAUUUGGUAGCAUUGCAAACGUUUCGGGUAGCCUUCCACAAGCUUCCCACAAUAAGUUGGGUGAAUUUUGGCCCAUUCCUCCUGACAGAGCUGGUGUAACUGAUUCAGGUUUGUAGGCCUCCUUGCUCGCACACGCUUUUUCAGUUCUGCCCACAGAUUUUCUAUAGGAUUGAGGUCAGGGCUUUGUGAUGGCCACUCCAAUACCUUGACUUUGUUGUCCUUAAGCCAUUUUGCCACAACUUUGGAAGUAUGCUUGGGGUCAUUGUCCAUUUGGAAGACCCAUUUGCGACCAAGUUUUAACUUCCUGACUGAUGUCUUGAGAUGUUGCUUCAAUAUAUCCAUAUAAUUUUCCUUCCUCAUGAUGCCAUCUAUUUUGUGAAGUGCACCAGUACCUCAUGCAGCAAAGCACCCCCACUGCAUGAUGCUGCCACCCCCAUGCUUCACGGUUGAGAUGGUGUUCUUUGGCUUGCAAGUAGCGGUAGCAGGUAGCUUAGUGGUUAAGAGCGUUGUGCCAGUAACCGAAAGGUCGCUGGUUCUAAUCCCCGAGCCGACUAGGUGAAAAAUCUGGAUAAGAGCGUCUGCUAAAAAAAAAAAGAAAAAAAAAAGCCUUCCCCUUUUUCCUCCAAACAUACCGAUGGUCAUUAUGGCUAAGAGGACAUCAGGCCAGAGGAGAUUUCUCCAAAAAGUACGAUCUUUAUCCCCAUGUGCAGUUGCAAACCGUAGUCUGGCUUUUUUAUGGCGGUUUUGGAGCAGUGGCUUCUUCCUUGCUGAGCGGCCUUUCAGGUUAUGUCGAUAUAGGACUCGUUUUACUGUGGAUAUAGAUACUUUUGUACCUGUUUCCAGCAUCUUCACAAGGUCCUUUUGCUGUUGUUCUGGGAUUGAUUUGUACUUUUCGCACCGAAGUACGUUCAUCUCUAGGAGACAGAACGCGUCUCCUUCCUGAGCGGUAUGACGGCUGCGUGGUCCCAUGGUGUUUAUACGUGCGUACUGUUGUUUGUACAGAUUAACGUGGUACCUUCAGGCAUUUGGAAAUUGCUCCCAAGGAUGGCUGAUUUCUUUUGAUUUUCCCAUGAGGUCAAGCAAAGAGGCACUGAGUUUGAAGGUAGGCCUUGAAAUGCAUCCACAGGUACACCUCCAAUUGACUCAAAUUAUAUCAAUUAGCCUAUCAGAAGCUUCUAAAGCCAUGACAUCAUUUUCUGGAAUUUUCCAAGCUGUUUAAAGGCACAGUCAACUUAGUGUAUGUAAACUUCUGACCCACUGGAGUUGUGAUACAGUGAAUUAUAAGUGAAAUAAUCUCUCUGUAAACAAUUACUUGUGUCAUGCACAAAGUAGAUGUCCUAACCGACUUGCCAAAACUAUAGUUUGUUAACAAGAUGUGUGGAGUGGUUGAAAAACGAGUUUUAAUGACUCCAACCUAAAUGUAUGUAAAUUUCCGACUUCAACUGUAUAUAUAUUUAUAUUCUUUUUACUAAAAAUGUUGGUGGGACAAAAUAAAUCACUCACGGGCCAGUUUUGGCCCACGGGCCGCCUGUUGCAGACCUCUACUGUAUGGGCUACUGAGCAACACUGGUACAUACACAGGGAUGGGGAGAUUUUAGCGGGGAUGGGGCAUAUCGUUAGGAUGGAGGGUAUAUUGUACACUGUAAUGUUACAAACCCAUAGAUAGAGAGAUAUACAGUAGAUAUGACAUACAGUAGAUGUUGCAAUUCCAGUUCAGAAGACUUGAAACCAUUUUAUUUCAAACCAAACUUACUUGCUUAAUAGAGAAUGCAAAUCUACCAAGCUCUCCUCAAAUGACUCCUAACACAACACAAGGCCAUGUGAAGGCCAAUGCACCAAUCAAAGCUGUAUUCUGACUAGAUCACAAAGCGAUGCAUUGGUCCCGAAAAUCAUGAAAGAACAGAUCAAAGAAAAAUCUGCCUGUGUUCGUAUAUUUCCCUCUAUCUCUUUGUUAAAUACGUCCUCACAGCCAGGUAUCCUGGGCUGAUGAGUGUUUGUUCACAAUGUGGGUCUCUCUAUCUGGGGGAAUUCAAAAUGGACGCCCCACCGUGAAGACUGAAUCGAUUUAACAUGUACUAAUGAGCAUGAAACAGCUGUAUCAAUCAAAACCAAAUGCUGCAUUUUCGGGAAGACGUAAAAAAGAUUGUUCUUGCACUGUAGGAAGGCACAUUUGGAUUCAUGUUAUGUAUGAAACUGUAUGUUUACUGUGUGAAAAACCCAUGUCAGCAUCAUAUUUCAAACAUGCUCUCUUGCAGCAUGAUAAAAUCAUUAUAUUAAACUUUACUCCAGAAAUAAAACACAGCCUGCAAUGUUUCGCAUGUUCUUUAUUAUUAUUAUUAUUAUUGACCUAACCCGACUAGCCGUCAUAAAAAAUAAGUGUUCUCUUUGAUGCUAAAUAUAUCCUGUGGUCCUAGGCUAAACCCUGACAUCUUGGGUGUGACAUUAUAGAGUAAAGUUCAUUCCAGAAUGUUCUUUAAAAACAAACAGGCUCUGGGAUCAGCCUAAUCAACCCCAACACUUAACAUCUGUGUUAGAGGUUGACACCAAUCUGACCUCCAGUCAGUUACGCUCAACCAGACACUCGGACCCCCUGCCGUUUGCACUCCUUUUCUCCCUUUCCCUCCCUAUUUUUUCUCUCUUUUUCCCCUCUUUUCAUGGAUUGUGAUUUCACUGCUGAGGGAAAUGGGGUUACCGAGCUCUUGUUAAGGGCCAGAGUCGCACAACCGGACCAGGGCUGUUUUCUCUGUCAAUACACACCACGGUUUGACUGAAGCCAGAGAGAAGAGCAUUGCACAGUGGGGUGUGGGUGGGACCCCUGGUACCAGGAUGUUAACCUUUCAAACAGAAAUGAAAGUCGCAUGAUAUUGCCUGACAUUCAACAGAAUAGAGGGGUAGGGAGAGAAAAAAGAGAUUGGGAAAUGGCAAUACUGUUUGUCUCUCAUGGAAGUCUUAUACAGUCAGGUCCAAAAACUAUUGGCACCCUUGAUAAAGAUGAGCAAAAAAAGACUGUAUAAAAAUAAAUACAAAUACUGAGCUAUAUUGUAUGCUAAAAAAAGGAGGAAAUUAUAUUAUUUUAUACUAAUACAAUUGCUCAGAGAAAGAGAUUUUGUUUAACCCUCCCGUUGUCCUAGGGUCAAAAUGACCCGCAACUGUGUUGAACCAACUUUAUUAAAUUUUUAUAUUUUUGGGAUCAUUUGUGAGAAGGAGGCAGUGAUACUUUCUUUAAAGUCUCACUGCCUCCUUCUCACAAAUGAUCCCCAAAAUAUAAAAAUUAAAUAAAGUUGGUUCAACACAGUGGCGGGUCAUUUUGACCCUAGGACAACGGGAGGGUUAACACAUUAUUUUUUUUCUUAAAAAGAUAGUUGUCAAAAUUAUUGGCACCCCUAAAGAUUCUUAUAAAAACAAACAAAAUUACAUCUGCAUUACCAUUCUACUUUUUUAAGUUGACCUCAGUAUAAUGAAGUGUAUUGUGACCUUCCAUGGCUUCCUGUUUCACUGGGAUAUAAAAAUGAGGUAACCUGCAUGUAAAAUCUUUGUCAUCCAUCAUCAUAAAAAUGUGGUAAACUUUCCUGGCAUUGGACCCAUGUGUAUCUUGUCCCCACGCACAAUGAGGAAGAUAUUUUGGGAAGCAAAGUAAAUUAGAAGGGCCAAAGUUGGAGAAUUACAGAACUUUGUCACAUCUUCAGGUCUCCAAAUUUACAAUUAGACACCACCUCCAUGCUAAUAGGAUCUUAGGAAGGGUUGCCAGAAAAAAGCCUAUAUUGAGAGCAACAAACUAAUGUAAACACCUGAAGUUUGCUAAAUGGUAUUGGCACUUGGAUUGGAACCGGUGGCAUGUUCAGAUGACAUGAAAAUAGAUAUCUUUGGCCAUGCACACCAGUACUGGGUUUAGCGUUGAAAGAAGGCUGUAUCAGUAGAAAAUAACCUCAUACCUACUGUAAAAUAUGGUGGUGGAUCUUUGACGUUAUGGGGCUAUUUUGCUUCCACUGGUCCUGGGGCCCUUGUUAAGGUCAAAGGCAUCAUGAACUUUACCAAGUACCAGGACCUUUUAGCCAAAAACCUGGUUGCCUCUGCUAGGAGGCAAGAACUUUGCAGCAAGUGGAUCUUCCAGCAAGACAAUAACCCCAAGCACACAUCAAAAUCCACAAAGAAAUGGUUAACUGAUCACAAAGUCCGCAUUUUGCAAUGUCCAUCUCAGUCUCCGGACUUGAACACCAUUGAAACCUGUGGUUUGAAUUGAAGAGGGCAGUCCAUAAGCGAAUAAUGAAGGAUAUCAAGGAUCUAGAAAGAUUCUGUAUGGAGGAAUGGUCUAAGAUCCAUUCCAAUGUGUUCUCUAAUCUCGCAUAACAUUUUAGAAAUGCACUCAGUACUGUUAUCCUCGCAAGGGGAGGGUGCCGGAGUAUUGAAAACAGGGGUGCCAACUAUUUUUACACGUAUCUUUAUUUUUUAUUUUUGUUAUUUGUUAAACAAAAUCUUUCUGUGAGCAAUUGUAUUGGUAUAAAAUAAUAUAAAUUCCCAAUUUUGGGGGCAUACAAUAUAGCUCAGUAUUUGUAUUUAUUUUAUACAGUCAUUUUUUGCUCAUCUUUAUCAAGGCUGCCAAUCAUUUUGGACCUGACUGUAUAUCUGGAGAGAAUAUGUUGUCAUGCUUUCCCCCCUAGACUUUUCUGUUAGUCAACACCUCACGUUAAAGGGUCUGUGUUCUUUAUAUUGUUAUUUCACAACCAGGAAGUGAACCCUCAUCACUGCUCUGUUGAUACAGUCUGUGACACAUAGGGCCGUCUAAGAUUCUAGUCCAGACAGUCCCAGGGGACACACGUUCACUUCUCUCUCUUUCUCUCUUUUUCUUCCCUGUUUUUUCUCUUGUUAUUCUAGCGCAGGGAUCAUCAACUAGAUUCAGCCGCAGGCCGUUUUUUUUUCUUGAGCGGAUGGUCGAGGAGCCAGUACAUAAUUACAAAUAAUUUGUAGACUGCAAAUUGACCGCAAGAAGCCCAAACAUAAAUAAUAUUUGACUAGAACAUAAUAAUUUCAAACCUUGCUUACAUUUGAAUAUGAUCACGUGUCUCUCUAUUAUGCAUGGAAAUACUUGGGAUUCAGAUUUCCCAAAUUAAAAUCACUUGGAGCUGAUUUCCUGGUGUUUUUACAGUUUAUGUCCAACAAUGAAAAUUCUAUAAAAAUUAUAUAAUAUAAAGUACCAGUCAAAAGUUUGGACACACCUACUCAUUCCAGGGUUUUUCUUUAUUUUUACUAUUUUCUACAUUGUAGAAUAAAAGUGAAGAUAUCAAAACUAUGAAAUAACACAUAUGGAAUCAUGUAGUAACAGAAAAAGUGUUAAAAAAAUUAUUCAAAGUAGCCACCCUUUGCCUUGAUGACAGCUUUGCACACUCUUGGCAUUCUCUCAACCAGAUUCAUGAGGUAGUCACCUGGAAUGCAUUUCAAUUAACAGGUUAAAAGUUAAUUUGUGGAAUUUCUUUCCUUCUUAAUGCAUUUGAGCCAAUCAGUUGUGUUGUGACAAGGUAGGGGGGGUAUACAGAAGAUAGCCCUAUUUGGUAAAAGACCAAGUCCAUAUUAUGGCAAGAAUGGCUCAAAUAAGCAAAGAGAAACGACAGUCCAUCAUUACUUUAAGACAUGAAGGUCAGUCAAUCUGGAAAAUGUCAAGAACUUUGAAAGUUUCUUCAAUUGCAGUCGCAAAAAUCAUGAAACACUAUUAUGAAACUGGCUCACAUGAGGACCACCACAGGAAAGGAAGACCCAGAGUUACCUCUGCUGCAGAGGAUAAGUUCAUUAGAGUUACCAGCCUCAGAAAUUGCAGCCCAAAUAAAUGCUUCACCGAGUUCAAGUAACAGACACAUCUCAAGAUCAACUGUUCAGAGGAGACUGUGUGAAUCAGGCCUUCAUGUUUGAAUUGCUGCAAAGAAACCACUACUAAAGGACACCAAUAAGAAGAAGAGACCUGCUUGGGCCAAGAAACACGAGCAAUGGACAUUAGACCGGUGGAAAUCUGUCCUUUUGGUCUGAUGAGUCCAAAUUUGAGAUUUUUGGUUCCAACCGUUGUAGGUGAAUGGAUGAUCUCUGCAUGUGUGGUUCCCACCGUGAAGCAUGGAGGAGGAGGUGUGAUGGUGUGGGGGUGCUUUGCUGGUGACACUGUUGGUGAUUUAUUUAGAAUUCAAGGCACACUUAACCAGCAUGGCUACCACAGCAUUCUGCUGCGAAACGCCAUCCCAUCUGGUUUGCGCUUAGUGGGACUAUCAUUUGUUUUUCAACAGGACAAUGACCCAACACACCUCCAGGCUGUGUAAGGGCUAUUUAACCAAGAAGCAGAGUGAUGGAGUGCUGCAUCAGAUGACCUGGCCUCCACAAUCACCCGACCUCAACCCAAUUGAGAUGGUUUGGGAUGAGUUGGACUGCAGAGUGAAAGAAAAGCAGCCAACAAGUGCUCAGCAUAUGUGGGAGCAUAUUCCUCCCCAGGAGACUAAAAAGAUUUGGCAUGGGUCCUCAGAUCCUCAAAUACAGCUGCACCAUCGAGAGCAUCCUGACUGGUUGCAUCACCGCCUGGUAUGGCAAAUGCUCGGCCUCCGACCGCAAUGCACUACAGAGGGUAGUGUGUACGGCCCAGUACAUCACUCGGGCCAAGCUUCCAGCCAUCCAGGACCUCUAUACCAGGCAGUGUCAGAGGAAGGCCCUAAAAAUGUUCAAAGACUCCAGCCACCCUAGUCAUAGACUGUUCUCUCUGCUACCGCAUGGCAAGCGGUACCGAAGCGCGAAGUCUAGGUCCAAAAGGCUUCUUAACAGCUUCUACCCCGAAGCCAUAAGACUCCUGAGCUAAUCAAAUGGCUACCCGGACUAUUUGCGUUGUCUUCCGCCCACCCCCUCUUUUAACGCUGCUGCUACUCUCUGUUUAUUAUCUAUGCAUAGUCACUUUAACUCUACCUACAUGUACAUAUUACCUCAAUUACUUCGACUAACCUGUGCCCCCAAACAUUGACUCUGUACCGUUACCCCCUUGUAUAUAGCCUCGCUACUGUUAUUUUACUGCUGCUCUUUAAUUUUUUUACUUAACACUUAUUUUUCUUUAAGCUGCAUUGUUGGUUAAGGGCUUGUAAGUAAGCAUUUCACUGUAAGGUCUACACCUGUUGUAUUCGGCGCAUGUGAAAAAUAAACAUUAGAUUUUAUUUGAAGACUGUUGGAAAAGCAUUUCUCAUGAAGCUGGUUGAGAGAAUGCCAAGAGUGUGCAACGCUGUCAUCAAGGCAAAGGGUGGCUACUUUGAGGAAUCUAAAAUUUAAAAUAUAUUUUGAUUUGUUUAACACUUUUUUGGUUACUACAUGAUUCCGUAUGUGUUAUGUCAUCAUUUUGAUGUCUUCACUAUUAUUCUACAAUGUAGAAAAUACACUGCUCAAAAAAAUAAAGGGAACACUAAAAUAACACAUCCUAGAUCUGAAUGAAUGAAAUAAUCUUAUUAAAUACUUUUUUCUUUACAUAGUUGAAUGUGCUGACAACAAAAUCACACACAAAUUAUCAAUGAAAAUCAAAUGUAUCAACCCAUGGAGGUCUGGAUUUGGAGUCACCCUCAAAAUUAAAGUGGAAAACCACACUACAGGCUGAUCCAACUUUGAUGUAAUGUCCUUAAAACAAGUCAAAAUGAGGCUCAGUAGUGUGUGUGGCCUCCACGUGCCUGUAUGACCUCCCUACAACGCCUGGGCAUGCUCCUGAUGAGGUGGCGGAUGGUCUCCUGAGGGAUCUCCUCCCAGACCUGGACUAAAGCAUCCGCCAACUCCUGGACAGUCUGUGGUGCAACGUGGCGUUGGUGGAUGGAGCGAGACAUGAUGUCCCAGAUGUGCUCAAUUGGAUUCAGGUCUGGGGAAUGGGCGGGCCAGUCCAUAGCAUCAAUGCCUUCCUCUUGCAGGAACUGCUGACACACUCCAGCCACAUGAGGUCUAGUAUUGUCUUGCAUUAGGAGGAACCCAGGGCCAACCGCACCAGCAUAUGGUCUCACAAGGGGUCUGAGGAUCUCAUCUCGGUACCUAAUGGCAGUCAGGCUACCUCUGGCGAGCACAUGGAGGGCUGUGCGGCCCCCCAAAGAAAUGCCACCCCACACCAUGACUGACCCACCGCCAAACCGGUCAUGCUGGAGGAUGUUGCAGGCAGCAGAACGUUCUCCACGGCGUCUCCAGACUCUGUCACGUCUGUCACAUGUGCUCAGUGUGAACCUGCUUUCAUCUGUGAAGAGCACAGGGCGCCAGUGGCGAAUUUGCCAAUCUUGGUGUUCUCUGGCAAAUGCCAAACGUCCUGCACGGUGUUGGGCUGUAAGCACAACCCCACCUGUGGAUGUCGGGCCCUCAUACCACCCUCAUGGAGUCUGUUUCUGACCAUUUGAGCAGACACAUGCACAUUUGUGGCCUGCUGGAGGUCAUUUUGCAGGGCUCUGGCAGUGCUCCUCCUGCUCCUCCUUGCACAAAGGCGGCGGUAGCAGUCCUGCUGCUGGGUUGUUGCCCUCCUACGGCCUCCUCCACGUCUCCUGAUGUACUGGCCUGUCUCCUGGUAGCGCCUCCAUGCUCUGGACACUACGCUGACAGACACAGCAAACCUUCUUUCCACAGCUCGCAUUGAUGUGCCAUCCUGGAUGAGCUGCACUACCUGAGCCACUUGUGUGGGUUGUAGACUCCGUCUCAUGCUACCACUAGAGUGAAAGCACCGCCAACAUUCAAAAGUGACCAAAACAUCAGCCAGGAAGCAUAGGAACUGAGAAGUGGUCUGUGGUCACCACCUGCAAAACCAGUCCUUUAUUGGGGGUGUCUUGCUAAUUGCCUAUAAUUUCCACCUGUUGUCUAUUCCAUUUGCACAACAGCAUGUGCAAUUUAUUGUCAAUCAGUGUUGCUUCCUAAGUGGACAGUUUGAUUUCACAGAAGUGUGAUUGACUUGGAGUUACAUUGUGUUGUUUAAGUGUUCCCUUUAUUUUCUUGAGCAGUGUAGUAAAAAUAAAGAAAAACCCUUGAAUGAGUAGGUGUGUCCAAACUUUUGACUGGUACUGUGUAUAUAUUUUUUCCUCCAAAUACUUGGGCCGCCAAAUAAAACCACCCCCGGGCCAAAUUCGGCCAGCGGGCCACCAGUUGAGGAACCCUGUUCUAACGUUUAACGUACUUGGUAAUCUAGGGAUUUAGUUGCAGGGCUGUCAGAGGUAAAAAAUAAUUGUUCGUAAUGAGUCAUUCAGAAAAAUACAUGUCAAGAGAUAAACAUGGUAAAGGUAUUGUUGCAGCAACAAUACAAGACAUUUAACCCAAUGAAGGAGAGAGAGAAAUGGAAAAUAACAACAAUACUUCUCCUUCGCUCUACCCCCCUGCAGUAUUUACUGCAUUUUUACUCAUUCUAGUCAUGGUCUCCAUAUUUUAUUAAAACUAGCUUUUAAAAGUCUCCCAGCUAUUGCAAAACAAUCUUCACCAGAGUCCCUUUAACCAGAUAUUUUACAUUUACAUUUUAGUCAUUUAGCAGACGCUCUUAUCCAGAGUGACUUACAGUUAGUGAGUGCAUAUAUUUUUCAUACUGGCCCCCCGUGGGAAUCGAACCCACAACCCUGGCGUUGCAAGCGCCAUGCUCUACCAACUGAGCUACAGGAGGCCUGCCUGUAUGUUGUCUAGUCUCUGUCUGUCUGUCUGUCUGUCUGUCCGCCUCUCUAUCCUCUCAACCUUGGGUAUGGUUCUUCACCGGCCCAGAAAACUCAGUAAACCUUACCCUGCUGUUGCCAACUACCCAAGGCCCUGUAAAAACAUAUUGAAGUGGAACACACACACACACACACACACACACACACAAUGUUGUGGCAAGUAUAGGUGGAUUGAUUGUAAAAAUAUGCUUAUAAGAGGGACUCGACCUUGCUUAUGAAAUCCACUUUUUACCAUUUAUCUUCCAUUAAAUAAGAUGUAUUGGUGGGCUGUGUUUUUAUACGUAGGCUUGUACACACUGCUGGGAUAUAAUUUGAUUGAGCUUGACUGCUUUUUGUCUGUUUUGGAAAUGAAAACUGCUUUCAUGCCCUGAACUAACUCCCCAUCGCUUUCUUCUCUCCCUCUUUCUCUCUCUUCUCUUCUUUCUUCUCUCUCUCUCUUCUCUCCUCUCUUUCUUCUCUUCUCGCUCACUCUCCUUAAUUUUUUUCUCCAGAGAGGAGCUGCAGGGGUUUGUGGGUAAAGGAACCCUGACCCAUCUGAAAGUGUCUUUCUCGCGAGACACUCGGAUGGGGACAGAGACCGAGACAGGACCUAGAUACGUCCAACACAACCUGCUCCUCCAUGCCAAAGACAUCACCAACCUUCUCCUCAAGGAGAAUGGAUACCUCUACAUCUGCGGGUGAGCUCCAUUUUGAUGGUGGUGAUGAUGAUGUCAAUAGGAAAACCAUGGAAUAGUCUGGUUCAUUGAGCUCAUUAUUUUAGUGGCUGUGGAUUUAGUGGAUCUGGAUUUACUGACUUUCUUACUUUGCUCCCACAGUGAUGCUAAGAACAUGGCUAAAGACGUGAACGAAACCCUGAUAGAGAUGGUAUCAGCAGAGCUUCAGCAGGAUAAACUAGAUGCCAUGAAGAGAUUGGCUGGACUCAGGGAGGAGAAACGCUAUCUACAGGACAUAUGGAGCUGA